UUUGGGACGGGGGAAAGUUGAGGGGACGGGAAACACUUGCUGAUUUAAUUAUAUUUAACCUUUAAUUAUAUUUAACUUUUAGCAACUUUUAUUAAAAUUAAUAUUAUCUUUUUACGGUUGAGGGGAUUUGAGAAUUUUUAUCGUUGAAGGGAUUUUAGAAAUUGUUUUGAUGAUAAGGGCUAAUUUUGUUUUUCUCCUGAAAUCGAAAUCGAAAUCGAAAUCAGAAAUCAGGAAAUGGUGUUGUUGAGAAGAAGCUUAACCAGUUCUUACGAAAUCAUAAAAUCUCUCAAGAAAAAUCCAAGUUUAGGGAUUGGAAUCAUCAGAUCGAUAUCGAGCUUGAAAGUGGUGUGGAAGAAAGACACGAGGCUAGACGAAGCAAUCGAGAAAGACAAGCGUUACAAGCAGUGUGCUCGUGUGGUGAAAGAAGUGCUCAACGAACCAGGUCAAGUCAUCCCUCUCAGAUACCUCGAGAAACGCCGCGAGAGGUUACGCCUCACUUUCAAAGCUAAGAGCUUUGUUGAUAUGAACCCUUCUCUGUUCGAAAUCUACUACGAUCGGAUCAAACCCAAGUCUGACCUCGUUCAAUUCAUCCGCGCCACGCCUCGUCUCAGGGCUUUCCUCGACCAAGAACAGAGGAUUUACGCCGAGAACGAGCCCUUUCUUGUUUCCAAGCUCUGCAAAUUGCUUAUGAUGGCCAAAGAUAAGGUCAUCUCUGCUGAUAAGCUUGUUCACGUGAAGAGGGAUUUUGGGUUUCCCAAUGAUUUUCUGGUGAAUUUGGUUCAGAAAUACCCAAAUUAUUUCAGGCUUAAGGGUUUGCCUGAACAAGGUAACUCCUUUCUGGAGCUCGUCUCUUGGAACCCUGAUUUCGCCAAGUCUACGAUCGAGCUGAGAGCAGAAGAAGAGACCCUCAAAACCGGUGUCAGGGUUCGCCCCAAUUUCAAUGUGAAGUUGCCGUCUGGGUUUUUCCUGAGGAAGGAGAUGAGAGAGUGGACUAGGGACUGGUUAGAGCAAGACUACAUAUCACCAUAUCAAGAUGUGUCUCAUUUAGACCAAGCGUCUAAGGAAAUGGAGAAACGAACUGUUGGUCUUGUGCACGAGUUGCUCUCUCUGUCUCUGUUGAAAAGGGUCCCUGUCCCUACGCUUGGCAAGUUCUGCGAUGAAUUCAGGUUUUCUAACGCCUUCUCCACUGUUUUCACCCGCCAUUCAGGUAUUUUCUACUUGUCGCUCAAAGGAGGGAUCAAGACUGCUGUGUUGAGAGAAGCUUAUAAAGACGAUGAGCUUGUUGUUAGAGAUCCUUUGCUUGCUAUCAAGGAUAACUUCCUCAGUUUAUUAGAGGAUGGAUGGCAAGAAAGGAAAGAUAGGCUGAAACUACAGAGGGAACAAGUUCAGAAAGAUAGGGACUUGUUGUUAGCAGGGAAAAGCAAUGAACCCAUAGAGCCUCUCUGUGAUUAGCUAACGAUCAACAAACAAGCCUUUGGAAAAUGUCCUCUGUUUUUCUUUAUCUAGGCAUAUACUUCUUAAUUGGCCUGGUUUGGUCGUUACUACUCGUUAGGGUGUUUGUGAGUUUUGGCUAAUAAGAAGAGAAAUAAUCAAAUGUUAAUCAUCAUCUGUCUCAAUCAUUCACUUGUUUCCUCUCCAUCUCAAGUUUCAGUGACCAAAAUGAUACAUAUUCACAAACCGUUCUUCGUUUUGAGUAUAUUUUCACAAACCGUU